AUCAACCUUUAGGUAUACUCUAGUUUGUUGAUCACAAUGUGUCUUCACUGAUUUUUGUAUAAAUGAUACCUGAUACAUAUAUUUCUUUUAAUAAAUUUGAAAGGAUAAAGAGACGUAAUGACGUCGUCCAACGAGAAAAUAGUGGGACGAUGUCCCUGGAUGUGUCCGAAAAAAGAACAAAUCUGGAGACAAAGAGAAGGCUUGUUACAUAGGUUUGAGAUUUAAAAAACUAUAAAUAUGAAAAAACCCAUAGGUGAUCCAAUGAAAAUGGUGAAAUGCUUCAAGCGUUCUGCUGCUGGAAACCGGAUGACAGAUCCUGACUCGUUGCGUCCUCCACAUGUAUUAUUAUCCACUAUUCGAUACUUGUUCACCAAAAUAGCUAAACGAACGGAUUUCGAUUGGGCGAAAAUAUAUGAUUUUAUAUUUGAUCGAUUGAGAGCAAUACGACAAGAUGCUGUGAUACAAAGAAUUGAUACUGCUCCUAAUAUUCUCCUUCUAGAGCAAAUUGUCCGAUUUCACAUCUAUUCUGCACAAAGAUUAUGUGAAAAAAACAUUUCAGAAUUCGAUCCUAAAAUAAACAGUAAACAUUUGUUAGAAUGUAUCAAUCAAUUACUUAUAUUAUAUGAUCAACAAGAUUAUGAAAAUAUACAGGAUAAUUCAGAAAUACACAAAGAUCUCGAAAAACUAACGUUAACCAAUCGUCGAUCGGAAAUGGAGGCUAUAUAUAUUCUUCUUCAUAUUGGAGAUAAUGAAGCUUUAAGAAGAGCUCUAAUACUUCCAUCAGAUUUAAAAAAAACAUCCGCAGUUGAAUUAGCCACAAAGAUCUCACUUGCUUGGUACACGAGAAACUAUGUUCGUGUUUCUCGUUUAGUUAGACAAUUAAACAAGAUAUUAGCUUGUGCAUUUUUUUGUAAUUUCCAGAGUUUUAGACGAGAUGUUCUGCAAAUCAUGAGUUUUGGUUAUGAUAGUAAAAUAUUGACAUAUCCAGGAUUAAAACUACAGGAGCUUCUAUUCUAUAAAGACAUAAAUAAGAUCCAAGCGGAUUGCAACUUAUUUAAUUUAACAUUUACUGAUGAAAAUGUUUUAUUUCAAAAAUCACAGUUUAACAACCGAGUCUUGUUGGCUAAUCCUGAGAUGUAUUAUACUUCUGAAAUAUUACAUAAAUACAUACCACAAAUUCUUUUGGAUUGUACUUCUAAUGAUACAUAUAAAUAUUAAACUGAUCUAAUAUAUCUUCUAUAUACGUAACAUAUUUACUGAAUCUAAAAAAAUUUAAAUUUCAAAAACUUCAAAAAGUAGAUGUGUAUCGAAAUACUAUUUUCUGUUAGUUUAUUCCUCCAAUAAAAAAUUUAUGUUAUAAU